AUGCUUGUCGCAUCGGCCGUUAUUCUCCUCACGCUGCUGCUUGCAUACGCGCACCCGCGCCUGCCGUCGAACGUGCGCCUGCAUCAGCAGCCCCGCGCCGCCCACCGCCACGCGCGGCAGGCGCAGCUCUUGCGCGGAGCAUCGGUUGGCGCAGGGGGGAUCGCGUCGCGGCUGCGCUCCGCCGUAGUGGGCGUGGAUUUAUCUCCGGAAGAGAGCGUGUGGGCGUCCGGGGGCGGUAUUAUCGGGGAGUUGGGGAGCGCGCGGAAGGAGCGGUCGCAGCGGCGGAACCAGAUCCAGGGGGGCAAGAUGGGGAAGGUCGCGGCAAUGGGGAAGCAGCAGCGGCGGGCGGGCUUCGACGACGGUUACGAUGGCUUAGCUAAGCGGACAUUCGAUCGGACGGGCGGAAAACGCGGUGGUUGGCAGCAGCGCGAGGAGGAGGUCCGCGCGGAUUCGGAGGGAAUGGCGGAGGAGGCGGAAGAGGCGGAAGAGCUAGACGAGGUGGAAAAGGGGAUGCAUUUGGGGGAACACCGCGGAGGUGGGGGUAAUCGGGGGAGCGCGUCCGCGUGGGCAUCAGGGGGGGAGUGGAAGCGAGGAAGCGGAAGCGGAAGGGCCGCUGGUGGUAAAACCGCGAGAGGCGGGACCGACGAUGAUGAUAAUGAAGAGGAGAAGGAGGAAGAGGAGGAGAAGGAUGAGGAUGAGGAAAAUAAGGAGAGGCGCGGAGGGGGCGGAGUGGUUGCGAUGGAGGCGGAAGCCGCGGAAGGAGAUGCGGGGGAGGCGCAUGCGGGGGGAGAGAGGGUGAGGGGGGAAGGUGACAUUAACGGGGAUGAUGCCGGGCGUGAUAGUAACGAGGUCAGCGGCGCCAGUGGUGGUGCGGGUGUACGGAAGGGGAGGGGGUAUAAUAGUGAGGUGGGGAGGCGGAGGGGGAAGGGGAAGGGGAGACGAGGCAGGCGCGGCGUGGGGAGGGGGGAACAUGACGUGGACAUUCGGCGGAAGGUAAGCAGGCGGUAUGUGGAUGAUGGGGGGGAGGGGGAGGAGGAGGGGGAAGAGGCGGAGGAAGAGGAAGCGGAGGAGGGGGAGGUUCAUGGGGGGAAGCGCGGUAAGGCCCGCGCUGUGGUGCAUGGGGAGGGGGAAGAUGAAGAGGAGGAGGAGGAGGGGGAUGUGGGGGGAAGGAAAACGCGGAGGGAGGGGAAGAGAGGGUGGGAUAAGGCGGGGAGGGGUACACGAAUGAGUGCAAAGAGAGGAGCAGAGGAGGAGGAAGAAGGGAAGGAACGUUCUGACUCAGAUGCUGACGUGGACGGUCUGGAUGCGAUCCUGAAGGUGCUCGAAGAGAAGGCGAGGAAGCGCAAGGCGCGGGGGAAGGGGGGGCGUGGCGGGGAGGUGGGGAAGAGUGAGCGCCAGGCGCGGAGGGGGAAGGGAUCCAUCCGACGGGCAAGUGAGACAGAGGGGGAUGAGGCGGAGGAAGAGGAGCAGAGGAAGGUAAAAGGGAAAGGGAGGAGGAAGGGGAAGGGAGAGGAUGGGGAGGACGAGGGGGAGGAGGAGGACGGUGAGGGAGAGAGUGAAGGUGGAGAUGGGGAUGAGAGGAUGCAGCAUGGUUCUGCGGACUUGAAACAAGGAAAGGGGAGAAAGACGGAGAGGGGAGGUCAUGGUGCAGCAGGAGAGGCAAUCGAGGCAGCAGAGGAUGAGGACCAGGCAUUUGGGAAAACGGCAGGGGCACGAUCAGUGGACGGGCAAGGCGCAGAGGCAGGGGUUGCGGCGCAGGUGAAGGGGCGCCGGCAGCAGCAGGGGCCGGGGGGGCAGGUUGCGGGGGAUGGGGCGGUGGGGGAAAAGGGGAAGCACGAGCUGGAUUCGCUAUUGGAGGGGAUGGGGAUGGCCGGGGGGGAGGACGGCGGUACUGCUGCGCUGCAUGGGGAAUCACGCGAGGCCGAUGCUAUAACUUCCGGUGGUAGCAUUAGCAGCAGCAGUGGGUCUGACUUGCAGGGAGUGAAUCGUGGCCGAGAAGAGGGUGACGGAAGAGAUGGGGCGAGGGAUGGGGAGAGUGAGAGAGAGGGGAACAGCAGACAGCAGCAGGUGAGUGGGGAUGAGAGGGAAGGUGGAGGGGUAGGGGAAGGGGGAGCUAAGGAAAGGGCGGAUAGUUUGGGGGAGGGUGGUGGAAACGGGGAGACAGCAGGGAAUGGGGUAUCGGGGGAGGGAAGAAUAGGUGAGAGCGCAGCAGGGUAUGGUGCAGAAGGGGAGGGGCGAAGAGGCUUUGGGGAAAGGGUGGAAGGAGAGAGAGAUGUGGAAGGAGGAGACAACAGAGGGGAGGAUCGAUCGAGGACAGCCAGAGGAGCGGAGGAAGGAAUGGAAGAGGGCACAGGGAAUGCUGAUGGAUUGGUUGCUGCUGGCCGGACAGAACAGGUGGAUCAGGAGGGAAUUAGAGAACGAGCAGGAGGGACCGAUGGAACAGCAGGAACAGAGGGGAGAGGGGUAGGCAUGGAUAGUACAGGUGCUGCUGCUGGGGAGGGAGGCCUAGAGGACGAGACAGAGCGGCCGCAAGAGGAGGCGCUGAGGGGGAGUGACAGGGAGAGGGCCUAUGCGAUGGGUCUGCUUUCAAACAGGGUGGAGCAGAGGGAUAGCAGGGAGGGCGGAAGGGAGGAGGGUCACAUGCCAGAGGGCUUUGAGGGAAGAGGAGCUGGAAACAGGGGAGUGGAGGAGGGGGUGGGAAGUGGAGGUGAGGGAGGGGGAGGUAGGGGUGGUGGGAGGGAGACUGAGAACCCUGCACAAUCUUUCUACGAGCAGCAGAUGCUGAGGGAGCAGGAGGAUGCUGCUCACAGGAUGGGGUACAAUGGCGAGAGGGAAGCAGGGGGGCGGGAAGCAGAGGGGCGGGAGACAGAUGGCACUGCAGCAAGCAAGGACAUGCAGCAGACUGGAGGGGUAGGAGCAGGGGGUGGCCGGGGUCGUGGCGAGGAGGAGGAGGACGAGGGGGAUGAGGGGCUAGGGGUGGUGGUGCAGGCUGGGGUGGAUGGCGAGGGUCAGGGGCAGGGCGCUCUGAGGGAGCUGCUGGCAGAGAGUUCAGAGGGAGAUGCAAGUGACGGGUCAGCAGCAGGCGCACUGCAUCAUCAUCAACAACAGUACCGUAACUUUCAUGUUUAUGCUGCCACCAUAGCACAUGGUUAA